AUGGCUUCCAACGGAGAACUCUUUGAAAUCUUCUCACGGCUUCCUGCUAAGUCCAUAUUCAAGCUCGCAGCCGUCGCUAAAUCUUGCGACGAAUUCUCUUCGGAGGACUUAUUCGUCAAGAAACAAUCUCAAAACAUGGUUCGUAAAAACAAUUCUGCCUUCUUCAUGCAACAAAGUUCAUACCAGAUGUUCAUGGGAGUACCGGAAUUUCACGUGAUGCCAGGUGAGGAAAACUCUUCUGGAGUGUCGAAUAGAUCGCUGGAUUUUUUGAAGAAAUUUGGUCGCUUGCUCGGUUCAUCCAAUGGGUUGGUCUGUUGUAGAAAAGCAAGUGAAAAACCCAUUGACAAUGAACUAUUUAUUUGUAACCCCGCAACUCAAAGGUGGCUAUCCAUACCCGACCCGUGGAGAUUUCAAGACCCAAAACCUGUGUUUAACGUUGUGUUCCAGUGCAAUAUGGGUCCAUCCGAUGAGUUUCCGAGCGACUACUUUUUGAUGGCAUUGCAGCCUACAGAGUUUUGGUCUUCAGACCUCAUGUGCAAAAUCUACUCACCAACUGAAGGGAUUUGGAAAGAGAGGGGGCUGAUCAACUUCGGCGUUAGGAGGAUUCUUUUCGAAUCCCUCGUUUAUCAGAAGGGUGUUUUCUACUUCUUGUCGGAUUGGUUCCCUUCCGUGGUUAAGGAAAGUUGUUUCUAUUGGCCUUACAUUGUUGAGUUUGAUCCCAAAGAAUGUACAUCGAGUUUUUUGCAAAUACCAAAACCCGCAAGAAAGCAUGAUUUCCUCGAUAGAAAUUUGAACAUGGGCAUAUUCAAGUGGGGCCAAGGAAAUCAGGAAUCGAUUUGUCUGGUUAUGCUAUCAAAGGGUGUGCUCGCUGUGUGGGCACUGGAACACAACAAGUCGGGAUCAUGGAGGAAGAUUUUGAAAGUUCGGGCACAAGCGAUGCGGAUGGUGGAGUCCGACCCCAAAAUAGCUGGAUUUACCGUGAUUAAUGGGGACUCUCUACUCGUGGCUACGGAGAAAAGAGUUUAUCGAUACAGUUUAACGAGCCAUUGGAGAUGGAAACGAGCAGAAAAAGUGUGCUCGCAUAAAUGUUGGGGUAGGGUAUUGUUCUAUCCGUAUUCCAACACUCUCCGUCCAUGUGGGGAUGGAGCGACCCCGGUCCCGAAAUAA